UCCUGCACUAAAGGGCACGGCGCUGUGAUGUAGGGAGCUCUCUCUCUCUCUCUGACGGCUACUCAAACUCACCUUCAGACCAUAAAUGGUGCAGAAACAGCCCAGGGGGUGUGUGUGGAUGUAGAUGGUGCUCAGUCUCUGUGAGAAGGCGGUGAUGAUAGAGAUCGGUGUGAGUCCUGAUCGCUCCUUGACCCUUAACCACUUGUUGUGAAUGCCAGACCGUGCAAAUCGAGGGGGAUAGAGGCGUCUAACUGUAACGUGGAAAGAGUCGCCAAACUUCACAUCGAUCAAUUCACCCAAGAAGGAAAUUCCGGAAAGGCUCCGACUGUCUGUCAGGAAUAGACAACAGGGACUGACUCACAGGUGACUAUCUUCGGUGAAGAGGAAUUAAAAAUAAAACUAGCAUUGAGGUUUGAAAUCACAAACUCAGGACCUCGCAAAAAAACAUUUAUUGGACAGCAUUGUGUUGAACGAUGAACAACUGUACUGUUGAGCACAGUAUCCACCAGAUCCUGUUUCCCGCCGUCUACAUUGGGGUCUUCAUCAUUGGACUCCCGAUUAACCUCCUGUCCCUGUAUCACAGCUACCUACAGAUCAAGAAGAAGAAUGAGCUGGGAAUCUAUCUCUGUAAUCUGACCAUCUCAGACCUUUUGUACCUCCUUUCCUUACCUUUGUGGAUUCAGUACAUGCUACAGCACGAUGACUGGCAAUAUUCUCGGGAACUUUGCAUCUUCAGCGGUCUGCUCCUCUACCAGAAUAUUUACAUCAGUAUUGGCUUCCUCUGCUUCAUUGCCAUUAACCGCUACCUUGUUGUGGCUUACCCUUUGAAAUUUAAAUUCAUACACAGCAGGAAGGCAGCUUUGCUCAUCAGUAUUCUCAUCUGGCUCAAGGAGAUAGCCAUCUGCACCAUUUACAUGGGCUCCAAGGUUCUCAGUAAAGAUGAGGGGAAUGACACCCUGUGUUUCGAACAUUAUCCUUUGCGCCUAAAGGACAAAUAUUUAAAUAUUUACAAACUCUCCAUUGGCUUUGGUCUCCCUUUGAUUUUAUUAAUCUACUCUUACUAUAAACUGUUGAGGGUUGUCCACAAAGUGCGUGGUGUUCAAGAAGAGCGAAAAUUACGAAUAAAAAAAUUGGUAUCUGGGACAAUCAUCAUUUUUCUGGUUUGCUUUGCCCCUUAUCACAUUUUCCUGAUGGUUCGAACCAUAUUUGAGUAUGACUGUUCCUUUGCUGACAGCAUUUUUGAGGUUUACCAUAUCGGCCUCCUGCUGAUGAGCUUUAAUUGUGUGGCAGAUCCCAUCUUGUACUGUUUCGUAUCUCCAAGUUCACAAGGCUGGUUAGCAAGGUUCCUCGAUCCUGUUAUCAAGCUACUUCCUUGCAGAACGAAUGAAGUAAUUGUGACUCCAGCAGCUCCAAUCAAAUCGACAGUUAUGAAUAAAACUGAAUUAACACAAUAAAGAUGUGGAAAGCGGGGCUGUAUUUAAUGGGUAAUGGGUUUUGGGAGUUCAGUUAUGAGUACAGCUCACAUAAACUGUGAUAUAUAUUCAUUCUAUCAUUGUACAUUAUGGUUAAUGUGAUUGAGGUGUUUGUAACACUUCAUUAUUUCUGCUGGCCACGUGGAGAGAAAAUAUCUUCCCUGUUGCGGUAACCCAAUACAAGGAGCUGUCUUUUAAUAUGUUCAGAGCCCAUUUUCACCCAAAUGGCAAAGCAUUGCCACGCUGGCAAUUUGAAAUACAAUAAAUAAAAAUGAAAUGUAAACAGAAAAUGCUGGAGCAAGCCAGCAGGUCUUGCCCCAUCCAUGGAGAGAGUGGUAGUGCUUGGAGAACCCCAAAUAAGUCAUAUCAGACUCAAAAUAUUAAUUAUGUUUCUCUCUCCACAGAUGCUGUCAGUCCUGCUGAGUUUCUCCUGCACUUUGUGUUUUUAUUUCAUCCAAAUCGCUACAAAAAUCUGAAAUUCUUAUUUGUAAUGUUACACGUGAAUGGGUGUUUUCAUGGCUCUUACCAAUGGGCUUUGAGAAGAGUUUAGCUCGGGUUGAGGUUUUGGAUGUAGGUUUGCUCGCUGAGCUGAAAGGUUCA